AUGAUACAAGAGCUUCUCCUGAUUUUCACGUUAAUAUGUGUGACACAGUGCGGAUGCUCCCCUUCUUAUUCAUCAGACAACUUAUACGCGAUACUUGAUCGUACGACAGAAUACUUCAAAAAUCUCAGUAAUGCGUACGAUGUAUUAAAUAGUGAUACGUCGAAUAAUAUUAACAAUGAAAUUGCGAAAUAUAUGAACGAUACGACCGAAGCGAUCUUUCGGGAUAGCAAGCGUGAAAAGAGGGGCCUGCAGAAUGAGCCUCAUAAAGGUAAGUAUGUGCUACAAGAUUUCAAAGAGAUUUUAUCUCUGGAUUUGCCGGACUUCCAGGAUACGGUCUUCUUCUCCAUACAAGAUGAAUACCGAUUGCUCUGGUUUGUAGUUGCCGUCAAUUCCUCAGAUAUUCUACUUUUUCAAUUGAUUGAUGACAAAGCCUAUCUUGUCAGCACAUAUUCACAACCCAAUGGAAAACGAAUAAUCGUAAACAGUUAUAGCGCUGGUACGCUUAUAGUUGUGCAGAAGGACACCGAUGGAAUCAUCAUUCUGCACUUUGGCAAGAACGAAAACGGAAGAUACGAGUUUCAGUUUAAGCAAGAGUUCGAAAUCCCCGGGGUGAUGCACAUGAAUAUGUGGUUUGGAGUAAAUCAGCUCUAUUUGGGAAUUGCUUCGGAAACGAGAAUAUUCAUCUACGUCUGGCUUGGAGAGAACUUUGAUAAGAUUGACACCUUGCAUUUCGGAGCGAGGAAACUCUUGCCCUUCCAGAACAAGAGUUUUAUGCACAUCGUCGUCGUGGGAUCGUUUACGAGGAUACUCCGGUUUUCUGUGCGUUCUAACAGAUUCGUAGAGAUGCAGAAGUUACAUGAUGCCAAUGACGUCACUUCGUUUUAUUUUAAAGAGGGUCAUUUUGAGGAGCGUUUCCUCGUUCUGGCCGGUAACGAGUCCACGAUUUUAUACAAGGAGAUGUACGGCCGCUUUGUGCCGUUUCAAAGAAUAGCUCCAGCGAGGCACAUUCAUUCGCUGACGAUAGGAAACAUCGUCAUCCUGCUUCCGGUGGAACAGAACACCGCGGGAAUUUAUCAAUAUAACGGAUGGAGAUUUCAAGGGUUACCUAAAAAAUUAACAAACAUUCAACAGAUUCGUUCUAUUCGCUCGUACGAUGAGGACAUGCUGGUGACGCAGAAUCAGGCCGGCGAAUGGAAGUUUUGGAGCCCUACUUGGAAUCCUUUCCUUAUGAUAAAAACGUGGAAAUCUAUACAGGAGGAAAUAGCCGCUUGGUGUUCUGAGAUCAAGCAAAAGGCGACUCAGAGAACCUUGGAAAAGCUUCCGGAUUUAAAGAACGUUGUGAUGUCGAACGCGCAUAUCGGUCGACUACGUAUGCAGAACAUAAAUGGUUAUAAUGCAGAGGAAUUAAUCCGCUUGACGGAGCAGUACAAGAGUUUAAUCGCCAAAUUGAAUUUGAUAAGCAGCCUUUUGGCACAAAGGACAAAAGACGUUGAAAAGUCUGAGCACGUGAUCUUGCAUGGCAAAAAGAUCACGGUCAAGUGUAAAACGAAUUGUCACGUUCAUCGUAUAAUUACGGACGAUGGAAUUAAACUUGCUGCUAAAUAUGUGGACUCGGAAUUUAAUGAGAUCCUGGAGUUCAAAAAAUUGAAAGUAAAGACGAUAAACAACUGGAAAUGCCCUAUUCCUAAAUUUAAGAUAGAAGAUAUAUACGUCAAGGAAUCUAUUAACGGGAUACUAAUGCGAGAACUGCAAGAGGAAACUUUGAAAGUUUCGGGAAACCAAGUAAUUUCAGGUGUACACAUCUUCACCAACUUACACGCGACAAACGUCUCGAUUCCGUUAGAUAUUGCAACAACAAGGACUAAGCAAACAGUGUACAUGAAAGAAGCGGAAGUAAAAGAUUUAUAUCUAAAAAAUGAUGAAUUCCUUUUGCCAUUAAACGGUCCUGCCACUGUAAUGGGCGGUUCGAUAACCGCUGCGAAAGUGAGAUUUACGGGACUAGUCGAUAUAUCAGGCAGAAUAAAAGGCAAAGGAAGCGAAAUGAUAAAACCUGAAAUGAACGUGAAACAGAUUUCCACACCGUUGACAUUGCUCAACGAUCGCUUCCUGCGGAACGUGACAGUUAGAAACUUCGUCAAAGCUGAGGAUAUCGUCAGACCUCGUCAGAGCUCUGGACUAUCGAUGAAAAAGAUCUUAGAGAAUAGCGUACCGCUAGAUUCUAAUGUGCCAGUGCAUUUGAUAUUAUCCAGCAACAAAACGGAAUGGACCAACGUGACUUUGUCGGACUUUGUAACGAAUUGGAUAACGAAGAAUUCUGCUAAAACUAUCGUUAUUUCUGGUACAAAAUACACAAAUAAUAAUGUCACUUUAUCAAGUGUUGCUUAUGAAAAUCUUCCUACUCCAAAAUUGACGAUUCCCGUAUGCGCCGCGGAAGUUAUCGCCCCGGAAAUUAAAACCUCAUCAAUAAAAAUGGGUGACAUAAUUGUAAAAAAUUUAAACGUUUCGCACAUCCUUGGAGCUCAUAACUUGAAUACGACUAUCUUCGAUGCGGCAUCAGCUCUCGGUUCGGCUUUGCAUGACAUCGACUUUUCAGCGAAGCGAUUCACAGGUCAUGUUUACGUGGAGAAUAUAUCAGCGUCAAAAAUCAAGGGAAUAAAUCUAAAAGAUUUGAAAACUGAAAUGAACAAGUGGACAGGCAUAAACUAUAUCAAAGGACCAGUAAAUGUCGCGAAGCUCGUCGUUAAUAAUCUCGAAACGCCAGCCUUCUUCAAUCUUUCUUUACCUACGAGAGUAAAGAACGUCAUUAUAAAAGGGGACUGCAUCAUCGGAAAAAUCAAUAACGUAAAUAUACAACCUUUUAUGGAAAAUGUGCUAAAGGUGGACGACCCGAUAUCUUUAGGACAUAUAACAUUUGCUCGUGGUUUCAAGUCGAACAACGUAUAUGCUUCCCAAUCGACAUUAAAACUUUCGCAAUUAGAUACACCUCUUAAUUUGGGUUCAAAACAUAUUUCUGGAACUUUAAUCACAGAUGCAAUAAAUGUGCCUCAGACUUUCGGUUAUGUCGCGAGUGAUGCGCCGUCGACAUUUAUAAUACAAGGAUCAGCCAGAUUUUUAAAGGAACCAGCGGUACAAAAUAUAAAGGAUAUGAAUUUGAAACAAUUAUCUGAGAAUUUAUGGAUGGCAAAUGAGGAUACAGUUUUAUCUGGUAAUAAUAUGAACUUUAAAAACAUAACUCUGAAAGGAAACAUCGCGUUAAUGAAUCCUAAUAAUACAUUGCAUAUAGGAAUGUGGAUGAACAAGAAGUGCUCGUUUUUAAGCAAAAUGGAACAACAGCAUAUUAAAGUACGAGCAAACUUUACGAAUGUUGAGGUGUCUAAUAUAAAUGCAAAGAACAAUUCAAUCAUUCAGUCUUCGGACUUGAAUUUGAACAAUUUGUUGACUAAUUCCUUGAUGAGAGACACGGCGCAAACUAUAAAUGCUGCGUGGCACUUUGAAGAAUUAUAUAUAAAUAAUAUGACUUGGGAUGGUAAAUUUAAUGGCAUCGACUUAAACACGGAUAUCGUUAGGCGUGAUGCAAAACAGAACAUUGUCACUGGAAAGAAAACUAUACAUAGUUUAACAACUAAAAAUCUCACGGCAUUGAAUAUAGACUUUUUGAAUUUUACUAAACAAGCUGUAACUCAAAAAUGCCAUAAACCAUUUACAAUUAAAGGUCAAAAAAGCUUUAACAAUAUCACUUUAAACAAUUUGAGCGUCAAAGGUACAAUUAUGGGUCGCAACAUCGAAGACGCGUUACUGAAGUUCGGAAACCAAACGCUGUUUGGCAUCAAAAAGAUACAAGGUCGACUUAACGCGCCAACUCUCAUUAUUGAUGGCACUGUGAAUGACGUAAAUCUAACGGAAUUAAUAAACACGCAACUGAAGAAACGUAAAGCGGUGCAGACAAUAGAAAGUAAAGUGGAUUUCAGAAAUAAUUUUGAAGUUUUCGGAAAUAUCACAAUCAAUGGACUUUACGAAAGGGUGGAUUUAGUAAAUAUUACAAAUUCUAGUCAAAAUAAAAUAGAUGUCAUGUUGAACAAAAUGACGGAUAUCGUAGCAUUGACAGAAAGCAUAACAACUGCAUUGCAAAAUCGAGCUAUUUAUGUGAGCAAGUUUGAAGCGGUGGACGAGGAUGCGUUACAAAUCGCUUCUGAUAUUUCGGACACAGAGGAUGUGAAGCACAUGAAUCUCAACAGCACUUGUCUUUGCGAGUCAGGAAAUAUUUCCUCGUUUUGUAACGGUACAAAGUUACUGGACUUUGUCGAUGGUAUAAACACCAGCUUUAUAAUGAAAAAAAUGAUACCGCUGGAUGAUGCUGCGUUUGCAGUAUUAGUGUCAACAGAUUUCGUAUCGAUUUAUUCAUUAACUGAUGCGGAACAACUAGUUCAUCAGUUAGGAUUAUACGUGCCUGAUAUACUUGAAGUGUUUACUGAACCAAUUGAUCAUUCAUUGUGGAUUUUUUUGCGAUUGCUCGAGGAAACCUUAAUAUUGCGUUAUCAGGCGUGGAAUAAACUCGCUCAGUAUGUUCUGCCAGGCUCAGAUUCAUUUGUAAUCAGUAAGACGCCGAAUGGUCAGCAUCUGCUGAUACGAUCCGAUGGUAUGUGGAAUCUCGGAGGACUCUUCCGUCCCGAGCACAUUUUUAAAAUAACUUUAGAGGGGCAAAUAGAGACCUUCGCUGUCGGUAUUGACUAUUAUGUCAAAGCGACGACAGAAAACAGCACGACUGUAUUAAAAGCACGAUAUGUGAGUAACUAGUGCGCAAAAAGAUAUUCUUUAGCAAUUCAAACGUGGAGAUUAUGUUUUCUGAGAAUCUUGAAGUGAAGGAUGCUGAAGACUGCUCUUUAGAAUUAUGUUGCAGCCUCUCUAUAAAUUCAACAUUCGUUUCAAGGACCAUGUUAUAUUGAAUCGUUCUCGGGUCGUUCGCAGUUCCUGAUUUGUUCGAGUUAUAAUAGAUUUCUACGUAUCUGCAGCGAGUCUGCAGCUCGCUAUCAUCUAACUUGUCGAUUUUGUAACAAUCCUCGAACGAAUCAUAGUUUUCCUCAGUGAUGCCACUUAUCAUGAUGUAAAUGUAUGUUGCAUAAAUUUUUGUAAAAACUAUGCAUGUGCCUAAACAUAUUAGACGAAUGUUUAUUUAAACUCAGAAAACGUAUAUAUACGUAUAUAUAUUUAUAAAUAUUUAUUUUUUUAUAAAUCAUAUAUAUUUAUUGUUCUUAUUUGUAGCAUCUUGAAAUUAAAAAUAACGAAAAAAAAAUUUGU